AGGAGCGUGUCGGGCUACAAUCGGACGCGAAGGAGCAAAGAGGAGCAGAGACGUGAGGGUGGUUUGGCUUUUGUCACUUAUGUGCUUGUGCCUGGCUUUCUGUACGGCAAUUCCUAAAAGAUGGCAGCUUCGGGUACCGUGGCGAGCAGGGCGCAGACAUUAGCUCCCUGGAAAAGCCGGAAAAAACAAACAAGCAAGCAAACAAAAAAACCGUUGUGCGUUCUCCGCGUUCUCCGUACAAACGCCGCAGCCCCUAGUCGGCCGCCGUAGUCCAGCUAGGGCGCAGUAGUAAAAAGAAUUCUCGGAAGUGCGGGUUCGAGGAGGUCGCGGUGGGAUCAGGAGAAAAUCAGGAUAGUGUGUGGAUUUCUGCGUGGAAUAGGAUGAGAGGACUGAGGUCCUGGCUCCCUGAUACAUCAAGAUACAAGAUAUGUCAAGUGACAUGAGGAGGUUUCCCUUCCUGGACAUCAUCACUUGCAGGGACAUCACUGCCUUGGCACUAAGAUUUCUAACCUGAAAUUGAGGAAAGUCCAAAAAGAGACUCAAGACACAUCCUAGUCUUUGGCCAGUUCUCAAUAUAUCAGAAGAAAAUGAUCAAGGACCAGGGAUCUCUGACACUGGAGGAUGUGGCCGUGGACUUCACGUGGGAGGAGUGGCAGCUCCUGGCCCCUCCUCAGAAGGCCCUGUACCGGGACGUGAUGCUGGAGAACUAUAGCAACCUGGUGUCUGUGGGGUAUCAAGCCAGCAAGCCAGCUGCUCUCUCCAGAUUGGAACGAGGAGAACUGUGGCCCAUGGAAGACGAAGUCCACAGUCGAAUCUGUCCAGAAAUGAGGAAAGAUGACUGUCUUCUACAGGAGAACUUGCAAAAUCAAAGCUGUCCAAAAAGAGCGGAACGAUGUCACGAACAUAAUGCGCUUGGAAAUGUUUAUCAGAGCAAAAGUCACUGUCCUUUAUGCCAGAAUCAUGAUAUACUUUACUUACAUGGGAAAACACUGAAAUCAAACUUAAGUUCAAUCAGCCAGAACAGAAACUAUGAAGUAAAGAACCCCGUUAAGGCUAAUGUAGAUGGGACAUUCUUCCUCCAUGCAAAGCAUGAGGAAUUUCACAGUGAAAGUAAGCUUCCUGAGUGUGGAAUUCCUAUGAGCACAAAUUCACAGAUCAUUACAUGUCUGGGAACUCAACAGAUAAAUAAACCUCAUGUUUGCACUGAAUGUGGGAAAGCCUUCAUCAAGAAGUCCCGCCUCAUCGAUCAUCAGAGAGUUCACACAGGAGAAAAACCCCACAGAUGCAGUGUAUGUGGGAAAGCUUUCUCUAGAAAGUCUAGACUCACUGAGCACCAGAAAACCCACAUAGGAGAGAAACGGUAUGCAUGCACUGAGUGUGACAAAGUCUUCCCUAAGAAGUCACGGCUGCUUAUCCAUCAAAAAACUCAUACAGGUGAGAAGCCCUACAUAUGCGAUGAUUGUGGAAAAGGCUUUGUCAAGAAGUCUCGGCUCAUUAAUCAUCAGAGAGUUCAUACAGGAGAGAAACCUCAUGGGUGCAGCCUGUGUGACAAAGCAUUCUCCAGGAAGUCCAGGCUCAUGGAACACCAGAGAACUCACACGGGAGAAAAACCUUAUGAAUGCACGGAAUGUGACAAAGCCUUCCGCUGGAAAUCGCAGCUCAAUGCACACCAGAAAACUCAUACAGGAGAGAAAUCAUAUAUAUGUAGCGAUUGUGGAAAGGGCUUCAUUCAGAAGGGCAAUCUCAUUGUACAUCAGCGAACUCACACUGGAGAGAAACCCUAUGUAUGCACUGAAUGUGGGAAAGGCUUCAUCCAGAAGGGCAAUCUCCUGAUACAUCAGCGAACUCACACUGGAGAGAAACCCUAUGUAUGCACUGAAUGUGGGAAAGGCUUCAGCCAGAAAACCUGCCUCAUCUCACAUCAGAGAUUUCACACUGGAAAGACUCCCUUUGUGUGUACCGAAUGUGGAAAAUCCUGUUCACACAAAUCGGGUCUCAUUAACCACCAGAGAAUUCACACAGGAGAGAAACCCUACACGUGUAAUGACUGUGGGAAAGCAUUCAGGGAUAAGUCGUGUCUCAACAGACACCGGAGAAUUCACACAGGAGAGAGACCCUAUGGCUGCAACGACUGCGGGAAAGCUUUCUCCCACUUGUCAUGCCUUGUGUAUCACAAGGGGAUGCUACAUGCAAGAGAGAAACGUGGUGACUCAGUCAAGUUGGAAAAUCCUUUCUCAAAGCAUCUCAGCCCAUCACGUCCAAGUGAUAUGGUACAGAGGAAAAACCCUGUUAGUGUGGUGACUGUGCAGAUGCCUUCUGUGGCAACUCAGACUCCAUCCCACAGUGAUAAGCCCCUAGAAGAUGAGAACAUAACCCUUGUGGGACAGCUAGGGGGCAGAUAUGCACCCUCAGCAGAUAAUAGAAUUUGCACAGAAGAGAAACCUAGUGAAUGCAGUGAAUGUGGUAGCACCCUCAGUGGUCAAUUACAUCUUAUUUUUGUCACAAAAGACACCCAGGAAUAAACUCAUUCAAUCAAGCUGGAAAACCCUUGAAUAAAUCCUAGCUCUUUGUAUGGCUGGCGAGUGUAUACUGAGACAAAUAGUAUAAACACAGAGACUGGGAAAGCCUCUCAUGGAAAGAUAGACCCUAACAGGGCUUUCAUAGGUCACAUAUGUCAGUGAGGUCAUAGUUGGCAGAAAUGUAAUGACUGUGGAGAAGUCCUUCCCCAGAAAUAAGACUUCAGUAGGUGUCAGAGUUCACACUAAGAGAAACUGUUGGACCCCUGAAGGCAGUAAAUGGGUCAGUGGUAUGUUCCUUUUCAUCGGUUGGCAGAGGAAAUCGUAGAAAUAAAACUCUGAACACACCAACUAUGGCACGUCUUCAGCAAAAUAUCAGAAAGUGCAUGAAGCAAAUAACAAAUAAACCCUGUUAAAAUGAA